AGGCCUUAGUUAUUAAUGACCCUGACUUCCAGCACGAGGAUUUGAACUUCCUGUCCCGUAGCCAACGUUAUGAGCAAGCCAUCAGGAAGAGCUCUCUGAUGGUGAUGAAGUUAAGAGAGUAUGGAAUUGCAGAUCCGGAGGAGAUCUACUGGUUUAAAAGCUUUGUUCAUCGUGGACGUCCUGAGCCUCUGGACCUUCAUCUGGGCAUGUUCCUCCCCACCCUUCUCACCCAGGCAACCCCAGAGCAGCAGGAUCGCUUCUUCAUGCCUGCCUGGAACCUGGAGAUCAUUGGCACUUAUGCCCAGACUGAAAUGGGCCAUGGAACUCAUCUUCGGGGUCUAGAAACUACAGCUACUUACGACCCUGCUACUCAGGAAUUCAUCCUCAACAGCCCCACUGUGACCUCUAUUAAGUGGUGGCCAGGUGGACUUGGAAAGACAUCGAACCAUGCCAUUGUUCUGGCUCAGCUCUACACUCAGGGCCAGUGCAAAGGGCUGCAUGCCUUCAUUGUUCCCAUACGGCAGCUGGGCACCCAUGAACCUUUGCCAGGUAUUACAGUGGGCGACAUUGGGCCAAAAUUUGGUUAUGAUGAAAUGGAUAACGGCUACCUGAAAAUGGACAACUUCAGAAUUCCUCGCGAAAACAUGCUGAUGAAAUAUGCCCAGGUUGAACCAGAUGGCACCUAUGUGAAACCACUUAGUGACAAGCUAACCUACGGCACCAUGGUAUUCAUCCGAUCUCUCAUUGUAGGCGACUCGGCUCGCUCCCUGUCCCGGGCUUGUACCAUUGCCAUCCGCUAUAGUGCAGUGAGACACCAGUCUGAGCUAAAGCCAGGAGAACCAGAACCCCAGAUCUUGGACUAUCAGACCCAACAAUACAAACUCUUUCCUCUCCUGGCAACAGCAUAUGCUUUUCACUUUGUGGGAGCCUACAUAAAAGACACCUAUCAUCGCAUUAGUGGAGACAUCAAUGAAGGGGAUCUGAGUGAGCUGCCAGAGCUCCACGCACUGACAGCAGGGCUGAAGGCAUUCACUUCCUGGACUGCCAAUGCUGGUAUUGAGGAAUGUCGGAUGGCAUGUGGUGGGCAUGGCUAUUCCCGCUGCAGUGGCAACACAUUCACCCCAUCCUGCACCUAUGAGGGAGAAAACACAGUCAUGAUGCUGCAGACAGCUAGGUUCCUCAUCAAAAGCUACACCCAAGUUAGUUCUGGGCAGCAGGUUACUGGCAUGGUGUCCUACCUUAACGAUCUCUCCAGGCAACGCAUUCAGCCACAGCAUGUGGCUGCCAGGAGUGUGACUGUGCGCAUCAACGAUCCAGUCAGCUUGGUUGAGGCCUACAAAGCACGUGCUGCCCGGCUUGUAGAAGCGGCAGCAAAGAAUUUGCAAACUGAACUGAACCACAGAAAGAGCAAAGACGAUGCCUGGAACAGAACUUCUGUUGAUCUUGUGCGAGCAUCUGAGGCGCACUGUCACUAUGUGAUAGUGAAGCUUUUCACAGCAAAGCUGUCUGAGAUCAGUAAUGCAGCUGUCCGUGCUGUCAUGACUGAUCUGUGUCUCCUGUAUGCACUCUAUGGGAUCAGUAAGAAUGCAGGGGAUUUCUUGCAGGCGAGUAUUCUGACCGAUGCCCAAAUUACUCAAGUGAACCAGCGUGUGAAAGAGCUCCUGGCUAUAAUUCGUCCCAACGCAGUAGCGCUAGUAGACUCCUUUGACUUUCAUGACGUUCAUCUUGGAUCUGUGCUUGGCCGGUAUGAUGGCAAUGUCUACGAGAACAUGUUUGAGUGGGCAAAGAAAUCCCCACUGAACAAAACACAGGUUCAUGAGUCUUUCCACAAACACCUGAAGCCGAUGCAAGCCAAGCUGUGAAGUCCGCUGGUUUUUAAAAAUGCACACUUUUCCUGACCUGAAAACUGGGUGUUUGCAUCCUUUCUUCAGGCAUCUAAAUCAAACCUUUCAAAUCCUGGUAGCUGUAGGACAGUGAAUAAUUGUAGCCUUUCUUUCCACUUUUUAUAAAUCGAGGAGGUGUUUGGGGGAGGGUGCAUAGGGAUCGAUGCCUGUUUUUAAAGUGCAAUUAUAAUGGUAAAAUUAACCUUUUAAAAAUCUGGGAAAGCUUUAUGGAUUCAUACAAGGAUUGCUUUUGUGAAGCUGCUAACUAGAGAGAAGUUACUGUCAACUGGAAAGGUAGCAGGAUUUUACUACUAAGUAGUUAACAGCCCUCAGGUAAUAGCUUCUAAUGAGCAGUUAUGUCCUCCGCGCAAAAAGCAGCAAUGUCUUGAUUUAUUUUUUUUAAAGAUUAUUGCCACCUCUCUCCUUGCUUGGCAAAUACUUGUUACCUAAAGCCUCCUGCGUAGUUUUGUGCACAUGAAUUUGCAUGUUGCACUACUUUCCUGAUGUAGCUGGGAAGUAAAUACCCAUCCUUCUCUGGAGCUCUGCU